AUGACUAGCCUUUAUUUUGAUAUUAGAGAAGAUCAGUGGCCUCUUAUUUAUGAUGAAAAAUAUAAUGUGUCUUUUAUGGGCCUUGAGAAAUUUCAUAUAUUCGAUGCGAAGAAAUGGCGCAAUAUUAUUCGGCCUUUGGAAGCUAAGAAAGAAGAUCUAUUGGUUGUUCACACUAAAAAAUACCUGAGAUCACUUAAGUGGAGCCCAAAAGUAGCCAUUAUUGCGGAAGUGCCAGUAAUUGCAUGUUUGCCAAAUAUCCUAGUGCAAUAUGCCUACCUAAAGCCUAUGAGAUUACAAACAGGUGGCUCAGUUCUUGCUGGAAAAUUGGCUUUGGAACGAGGAUGGGCAAUAAAUGUAGGUGGUGGGUUUCAUCAUUGCAGUUCUGACCGAGGCGGAGGCUUUUGCCCCUAUGCUGAUAUAACUUUACUUGUUCGCUUUCUAGUAGAAAAUCAGAAGAUACAGAAUGCUAUGAUUGUUGAUUUAGAUGCACAUCAGGGUAAUGGUUAUCAAAGAGACUUUCUUGGGGUACCAGAAGUGUACAUUAUGGACAUGUACAACCGUAACAUAUACCCCAAAGACAGGCAAGCUAAACAAGCCAUCCGUAGAAAAGUGGAACUGGACAACCAUGUGGAAGAUGAGGAGUAUUUGAGCAAACUGCAGAAGCAUUUAACUGCUGCAUUGAAUGAUUUUAAACCAGACAUUUUGGUUUAUAAUGCCGGCACUGACAUAUUGGAUUCUGAUCCUCUUGGUCACUUGAAGAUAAGUGAGAAUGGUAUCAUCAGAAGGGAUGAAUUCGUUUUCGAACAGUGCAAAGUAAACAACAUUCCAAUUGUUAUGCUGACCAGUGGUGGAUAUCUUCGGAAGACUGCUAAGAUCAUAGCAGACUCAAUUAUAAACUUGGAGAGAAAGGGUCUCAUAAGCGGCGGUAAAUUGACUGAAAAAGAAAAAGAA